CUUCUUCUCAGUUUUCCUUGAAAUCUAUCUUUUUAACCGUCUUUAUCGCCAAAUACUUUCUUUUAUUCUCAGCGUCUCAAAUUCAGAUCUAUAUCUCAUUGUGUUAGUGUUAGUAGUUCCAUUCUUGAGGUUCGAUGAGUCACUUCGAUUCCAACCCUUUCGAGGAGGAAGAGGUCAAUCCUUUUUCGAAUCCAACAGUUAGGAAAGGAGCCGGGCAAUCAAAUUUUGGUGGAGGUGCCUUUUAUACUACUAACCCUGGUAGUGUUCCUCCUGCAACAUCAAGGCUUUCACCCCUCCCUCCUGAACCAUAUGACCGUGGUGCAACCGUAGAUAUUCCUCUUGAUUCUGCCAAGGAUUUGAGAGCUAGAGAGAAGGAACUUAAAGCAAAAGAGGCUGAACUGAAUAAGCGGGAACAGGAAUUGAAAAGGAAGGAGGAUGCAAUAGCACGGGCUGGAAUUGUAAUAGAGGAGAAAAAUUGGCCACCAUUUUUUCCUAUUAUCCAUCAUGAUAUUGCAAAUGAAAUACCAAUCCACCUGCAAAAGAUGCAAUAUGUUGCUUUCACAACAUUUUUAGGUUUGGUUCUUUGUCUUGUUUGGAAUAUAGUAGCUGUUACUACAGCCUGGAUCAAAGGAGAAGGCCCAACAAUUUGGUUUCUUGCCAUUAUAUAUUUCAUAUCUGGGGUCCCUGGCGGCUAUGUAUUGUGGUACCGUCCUCUCUAUCGUGCUAUGAGGACUGAUAGUGCGUUCAGUUUUGGACGGUUCUUUUUGUUUUACUUGCUGCAUAUUGGGUUUUGCAUCUUUGCUUCAGUUGCUCCCCCAAUUAUUUUCAAGGGAAAAUCCCUUGCAGGUAUUUUGCCUGCAAUUGAUCUCAUUGGUAGCACACAUGCUUUCGUUGGGAUAUUCUACUUCAUUGGUUUUGGAUUUUUUUGCAUUGAAUCAUUGCUCAGUGUCUGGGUUAUUCAGCAAGUUUACAUGUAUUUCCGAGGUAGCGGUAAAGCUGAUGAGAUGAAGCGUGAGGCUGCAAGAAGAACCAUGGCGGCAGCUCUCUGAUAGUGAUAUGGAGGUCAUAGCAGAAGAUGGUAGUUGCUGGUGGCGGACUUGGAUCAUGUUGGGCUGAGUUACUAUGUACUCAAAUUGCUUCUUCCCAUACAAAUUGCUGGCCAGCGGGCUCGUUUAAUCAUUUUAUUGAUAUGUUUAAAUAUUUACACGCACAUAAAUUGACAGAUGAAGAAUGUUGGGAAACCAGAUUAAAGUUGGAUGCAAAAGUUUGUGGAUGGUAAGGCUUAGCAGGCUAACUUUAUCA